UAUCGCGCAUGAAGAUGAAUACAUUCAAUGAAGAAGUCAACGACACAGACCUUCUAGAUUACAUGGACAUGUCUCCUCCCCCUAUCUUCAACAACACACACCUUCCGGACUACAUGGACGAGCCUCUCCCUGACCAUAAAAAGUCAAUGAAUGCUGAUUACUACUUCAGACUUAUCAACAUGCUUGUCUUCCUCAUGCUUGUGAUCUGCGUUCUGAAUUAUGUCGCUUACUCAAAAUCAUUCAGAGAUCUGAUACACGCUUUCUACAAUUUCCUUCACCACAGCAUCACCAGCAUAUUUGUUUCGGUCGUAAGACCUUCUACUGACAUUGAACGAUCUCCGACCAGAAUAGAUCCCUCGUGGUCCUUCAACAACGACAUCUUCGAUGAACUCAUCAUCGACAACGAGGACGUUAACAACUAUCUGCCUCCGUCCUUCAACAACUUCCGUGGCGGCUUUCGCUCUGAGUCUUCAGAAGUUACCAAGAAAAAUAUUCAAUUUAAGGAGAAUAUGCAAGCCCCUGAGACCUCCAUUGAGAAUGUUGAAUCAAUGAAAGAUCUGUACGAAAUCAUUGUGAACACCCCAGAGAAAGAUGAAUGUGUUAACGAAAAAAGGGAAGAAAUUGGUGAACAUGAUUUCGAACGAAACAAUGCUUUCGACGAAAAGGUUGUUAUAUUGAAGAAGAAACUAGCUACAGUGCCUGAGAACAGCGAGGUGGACCUGCGUAACGUAGAUGAAGAGCCGACAUUUGUUUACCGUAUCCAACCACAGAAGGACCAAAAACCUAAGGACCAUGGUGAGAAGGACGUGGAGUUCUUCAUAUAAAGGAUCCAGAAAAACACUGAGAAGAAUUCAAACCCAAAUGGAUCGCUCUAAAUUUUUUUUUACCUCUAUCGCGAAGUAUCCAAAUAAUAUUUACAUAAUUUUUGGCAUUUAGUAAAGAAUGUAAUAAAAUUAUCUGUAAGA